AUGGACUGGUCGAGCCAUUUCCCAGCCUACGUGGAUACAGACCCAAACAAGACGAAUGCCAGCGGCGCGAGGAAACUCGUCAAGGAUGUCGAGGUGGUGGAUAUUGGGUGUGGAUUUGGUGGGUUGCUCGUUGGGUUGGCGCCUGUGUUGCCGGAGAUGUUGAUGGUUGGAAUGGAAAUACGUACCCAAGUCCUCGAAUACGUAACCAACCGUGUCCACGCCCUUCGCCAACAACAAUACCACCAACAAGAAGAGAAGACAUCUACACCUACACCUACAGAAAAUGACAAGGCAAUCCCAGGCGGAUACCAAAACAUAUCUGCACUACGCAGCAACACGAUGAAAUUCUUCCCCAACUUCUUCGGUCGACAUCAACUCUCCAAGAUCUUCAUCUGUUUUCCGGAUCCGCAUUUCAAGGCCCGGAAACACAAGGCCCGUAUCAUAUCCGAGUCGCUGAACGCGGAGUACGCGUAUGCGUUGCGCCCUGGUGGGAUGAUAUAUACCAUUACUGAUGUAGAGGAGUAUCAUCGUUGGAUAUUGAGGCAUUUUCGGGUCCCGAGGGAGGGAGAGGAUGAUGAACCCGAAGGGGAAGAAGAGGAGAGGAUAGAGGGUGGCGUGAAAGAAUUGUUUGAACGGGUGUCUGAGGAGGAGUUGCGUGAUGAUCCUUGUGUGAAAGUCAUGAUGGAGGAGACUGAGGAGGGUAAGAAAGUGACCAGGAAUAAGGGCAAUAAAUACGUCGCUGUGUUUAGACGGAAGAAGGAACCGGAGUGGCCUUAG